AUGGCGGCACGAAUGCGAUCCAUGUUAGUCCGCGUCUUCUUGAAAGAUAUUAUUCCCGGUGCUUAUGCACCGAAGGUAACUGUUCCUAAUGGUACCGUAUUGCUGCAUCAACCUCCGAUUUCAGAUGGAGUUCCUAUGAUUUCAAACUUCGCUCUGAAACUAGAAACUUACCUUCGAAUGGCAGACAUCCCGUACGAGAAUUCUUUCGUGCCCAAGAAUUCUUCCAAAGGAAAGAUACCCUGGAUCGAAUACAAUGGAAAGAAGAUCGCUGAUUCAAACUUUUGCAUUUCGUUUCUGAAUGAAGAAUUCAAAGUGGCUCUGGAUGACAAGCUCAGCAAAUCAGAGAAGGCUGUAUCUUAUGCUCUCAAAACUAUGGUAGAGGAGAACACUUAUUGGACAAUGGUAUACUAUCGCUGGAUUGAUGCCACGGAUUUGACAUCAAAAUGUUUCUUUCCAAGAGCCUCACAAAGGAAACGAGACUUCUUCUUUUCAAUGUUCCAACGCACCUGUAAAGAGCAACUAAAUGGGCAUGGUAUGGGCCGUCAUAAAAAAGAGGAAGUUUAUUCCAUUGCAAAGAAAGACUUGCAGACCUUGUCUGAUUAUCUGGAUGUCAAACCAUUUGUCAUGGGUCAAGAGCCUACAGUUGUGGAUGCAACAGUGUUUGGUCUUCUAGCACAAUUUGUCUGGCAGGACAAGGGCUCCCCACAAAAUGCUGCAAUUCACAAGGAUUUUAAGAACCUGUUAGGUUAUUGUGAGAGAAUGAAAGAGAGGUUUUGGUCAGAUUGGGAUGAUGCAAUUGCAUUUAGGAAAAAAUUUCACACUGAAGCUUGAGUAACAUAGGCAAAGAACAUUUUCCUCUUCAUGCACAUAGGUUGAGUUAUGCUGUAUCUGUUACAUCUGAUAAACCCAAACAUGAAACAUUUCGGUUCUUUAACCCUUUCCACUCAAACAUUAGUAUACAUAUUCUCCAUACUCUUCUCUAUACAUUCCCUGAGGUGCUGAUGAGGAGAAUUUGUUUCAUAAUCCAGAACUUCUCUAGUUGGUGACCAUUUCCUUUAUUCUCAUGACCUUAAUGUGUGAUUUGGGGGUGAUAUUGUAAGGAGAAAUUAGAUGCUAGUCACCUUUAGGGGUUAAAGGGUUAACCUGUUUGUUUGCAAGGGUGACCAAAUAUGUAUUGUCACAAUAUCAAUAUGUUUUCAAGGAGAGAAGUAAUGAGUAGAAAAAGGUUAACUAGGGGAUACUGUUUGAUUUGAAACUAAAUUCUCAGAGCUUUAUUAUAAGAAAUGCAUUGCUGGCAGUGUGGAGAAUUGACAUUCGAAUCUUGAGAGCAAAGGGUUCAAUCCUCAUCUCUUGGUAGAAGAAUUUGAAGAAUAAUUCUUUAGGUGAUUAGAAGAAAGCUUAAAUGUAGCAUUAAUCUUACUGGAACUUCAAGGGUAGGUUUUUUUUUCAACUUCCCAAAUUGCUUACAUGUAAGAGGGUUCAAUCAAGCAAAAUUUAUUACUUUAUGUAAAUUCUCACAUCAAGAAUUUAUAGGGCAUUGUUUUUGAACCAAUUUUUUUCAUGUUAUCCUUUAUCAACAAUACCCCUUUCCAGUUUAACACUGACAGUAGAGAAGAAAGUUUUCCCUUAAAAUACUGCAACAUCCAAAACUACUAUUUUAUGUUCAGUACUCAUGUAGCUUCUUUUGAAAAAUUUGCCUUUUGGUUUGGGUAUCCUUUGAGCUGUUUAUGUCUGAAAAGUUAUAAUUUUACCAUACUUAUGCAUGAAACAUAUAAUCACUUGAAAAUGUUACAAGACCA